AUGGAAUUCGUCGUGGGGGAUCACUCGGGCCUGUGCAAGGAGCUCUCUUGGCUGUCCGCCGAUACCCGGCGUACACGCAUUAUAAAGAGGGCCAAGCAGAACCGUUCUUUGGCUGUCACUUCCCUCUGUUGGGCAGGAGCUUCAGGCGGAAGAGAGGCUUCGGAGAUUGCAGUUGGCCGUGCAUGCGGAUCCGUGGAGGCGUUCGCAACAUCUAAUGUCGUUUGUGAGGCCCCUCUUGAUGCUGCAUCUAUUGCGGGAGUGGGUUCCCUUCAGCUGCCUUUGCGAUCCUUCCAGCUGCCGUCAGCACCUGUAGCUCUUUCACUAAUUGGAUCAGCGAAAUCACGCGCCUACACGCGUUCGCUGCUUUGCAAAUCAUGGCUGGCGAGCGGUGUAACACCGGGCGAAGCAUCGCUGCGCGAUGCCCUGCUGCCAUCACCCACAGAAGCUGAAGCCGAUGCAGCAGAGGACUCAGCCUGCAGCACAAGUUCCAGCAGGUUGUUGCUUGCCAUUGGCCAAAAGGGUCAUGCCUGCGUGGUGGAGUGGGAAGAAUGUUUCCACACACGUCUUCUCGAGACGCCAAGUGAUCCAGGAGAAGCUGCCGCAUCUCUUGAGGAGGCCGUUGAUGGGGAGAUAGAGGACGUGACAGUGCAGUUUCUUCCCAUAGAGAAGAAUCCCAAUGCUGAGCCUUGCGCUGUGCAGACAGCGACCAAAAGCAACUCGUUUUGCUGUAGAGCUGCGUACCUGCUUCCAGCCCCCAUAGCUGCCGCCAGCAGCCAUCCCUUUUGCCAUAGUCUACUGGCCUUCGGCGGAAAGGAAAACGACGCGAAGGUUGUGCCAGCAGCCAUCCCUUUUGCCAUAGUCUACUGGCCUUCGGCGGAAAGGAAAACGACGCGAAGGUUGUGGAUCUUGACUAUGGAAAGACCAUUUGCGGUGACUCAGAUAGACUGGCUGCUACCAAUACACCCCAUGGUGCUGGGCGUGGGCACGGCAAAGGGAGCGAUGCGUUUCUAUGACUUACGCUGCCAACGCCGGCCUGUGCUAGAACUUUGCGAGGCUACGCAGGAGAAGCGGCCCGUCACUGCCCUGUGCGUCCGCCCUACAGAUGAGGUGUUGCAGAGCAAGAUGGGCAUCCGGACAGCACUGGCUCGCGCGGCAGAGGCUGCAGCUUCUUGCACCAGCUGCGAACCCAAGACGAGCCAGGCAUCUGCCAAAAUUGCAGACGACGAUGGCCUUUUGUCCAAGAAAAAAAACUCUCCUGGAGAGCGCAAAGACUCUGCCACCGUCUACUAUGCGGACUCGUAUGGGAUGGUCUACGGCAUACAAGUGCAGAGCGGCUCUGCCUUGCUGCGUCUGGCUGAUAAGACUUGUCCUAAGUACAACCCUUCAUCUUACCGCUCGCUCGAUGAUAUCCCGCAGGUAGAUCAUCCACCCGAAGUAAAGAGAAAGCUUAUCGCUGCGAUGCUGGAUAAGCAAAGAGAAAGGCGUUCGUCGAAGAAGAACGAUCACCCAGUUUCCACCGCUGCAUGCGCGGAUUUGCAGCUUGCCGCUGUUCCUUUCGGAGGGUUUAAAGGAGUCAUGGGAGCAAUCGUCGGCCUAGGACUAGAUCCUGCUGGGGAACACCUUAUUGCUGUGGGAUUGGGUCGUUACGCCUACGUAUUCAAUGCGAAGUCGCGCAAGCUGUGCGAAAAGGUAUUUCUCAAGCAGAAGCUCACAUGUCUUCUAGCUGGAGCGGGGGAGGCGGCUGGCGGAGUAAGGCGACGCGCAUUAAAAAGGAAGAAAGCAGCAAGCGAGAGUAGCGGCAGCGAAUCGGACGCAAGCAGUUCAGAGCUGGAAAGAGGGAACGACGGAGACAGCGACAGCGACAGUUCAACUGCUUCUUCGUCAAGCACAGGGGCACACAGUAGCCGAAAAGCUGGGCGCCUCGACAGGGAGCAGCAGGCUGGCACCUCUGUUCUUCCCCCUAAGCGGAAGGCUGCACCGGAUGGUAAAUUCAAGAAGAAGAAAAAGCUCUCUAUCCAGCCGUAG